UAACACACCACGAGACAAUUCGAAAAUAUAUAUAUUUUUAAAAAUCUAUCUAAAAUCUUUCUUGGCAUCCAAACAAACCAUGGCGUCAGGACAACGGGAGGCAGAGAGGUCCGCGAAGGCUGAGAGAGCUGAGGCCGUGGCUAGUCUAGCGGCUGAAGAUCUGAAAGAUAUCAACAGAGGGGAUGUGACGUACAAAGUAACAGAGAGGGCUACGACGACCGAGCCGGAGAGGCCCGGACUAAUAGGCUCGGUGAUGAAGGCCGUGCAAGGAACGAAAGAAGCAGUGAUCGGUAAAAGCCAUGAUGCGGCUGAGUCUACCAGAGAGGGAGCCGGGAUUGCAUCGGAGAAGGAAGCGGGGAUGAGAGACGCAACCGGAGAGAAGGCUGGAGAGGUUAGAGACAGUACUGCACAGAAGACAAAGGAAACUGCUGAUUACACUGCUCAUAAGGCGAGAGAAGCUAAAGACAAGAUGGCGGACAAGACUAAGGAAACCGCAGACUAUACGGCAGAGAAGGCGAGAGAAGCUAAAGACAAGACGGCGGACAAGACUAAAGAAACCGCAAAUUACACGGCAGAGAAGGCGAAAGAAGCUAAAGAUAGGACGGCGGAGAAAAUGGGCGAAUAUAAAGACUACACUGCUGAGAAGGCAAAGGAGGCCAAAGACAAGACGGCCGAGACGGUGGGUGAAUACAAAGACUACACAGUGGACAAGGCGAUAGAAGCAAAGGAUAAGACUGCAGAGAAAGCAAAGGAGACGGCAGAUUACACGGCUGAUAAGGCUAAGGAAGCCAAAGAUAAGACGGCCGAGAAAAUGGGUGAAUACAAAGACUAUACAGCAGAGAAGGCGACGGAAGGGAAAGAUGUGGGAGUGAGUAAGAUUGGUGAACUAAAGGAUAGUGCGGUGGACACGGCAAAGAGAGCUAUGGGUUUCUUGUCUGGCAAGACAGAGGAAACCAAACAAAAAGCCGUUGAGACCAAAGACACGGCCAAGGAGAAGCUGGACGAGACCGGAGAAGAAGCGAGGAGGAAGAUGGAAGAGAUGAGACUUGAGGGCAAAGAACUUGAAGAAGAUGCUUCUAGAAGGACGGAACAGAGCAAAGAAACGGCUGCUGACAAAGCCCAUGAGACUAGAGAUUCUGUUGCCCAAAGAGGUGAAGAAGGGAAGGGAACGAUAAUGGGUGCGUUGGGGAACAUGACGGGAGCAAUAAAGAGUAAGCUGACUGGUGCGACGACGCCGUCUGGUGAUGAGACACGGGCGGUGCGUGGAGACGAAGGCACAGGCACGGGGAAGACAACUGUGACGGUUGACGUGAAAGAUACAAGGCCUGGACACGUGGCAACUUCCCUGAAAACGUCGGAUCAAAUAACUGGCCAGACUUUCAACGAUGUUGGGGAGAUGGAUGACGAUGCAGGAAGAGGCAAAGUCGUCGUGGAAGAGAAAGGGAAGCUGUGAUGUAAUAAUAACGCUGCGUUUGGGUUUAUGUGAAAGAAGAUACCAGUCUUGAUUUGUAAUAAAACUGCUUUUCUUUUAGGCCUUUUGGGGGUUUUAACUGAUGUUUCCUUUUCCAACAUGGUGAUAUGAAAAAGUGAAAGCAUAUAUAUCUAUAUAUCGGAUUCUGUUGUCGAGGCUGAUCA